UUACAAAAUUGACCGCCGCCAGAUCCUCCGGCCGGCCUCCGACUCGGUCCGCCGCGCCGCCUCGUCGUCACCGUUCCACCCCACCUCCCCGUGAGAGCCGUGCCCGCGCUAGGGCUUCGCGCUCCGCCUCCGCCGCCAAUGAUGGGGCCAGAGCCUUCCGCGGCGGCCGGAGGCGGUGGAUGGAGCACGGCGGGCCGCGCACUGGUCAGGCGGUGGAUGGAGCACGGCGGGCCGCUGCCGAUACGGAGAGGGGACGGGCGCUCCUCACCUUCCCGCCGUUGCUAUUUUGCUCCUGAGCGGACGGCGUAAGCAUCCCGCUUCACUGGUGCCUGAACUGAUGGCCUUGGAAUGGGGAUCGGAUUUGCUGAGCGCUGGGGUUAGUGGACGUGGAGGACAGGAGGAGGCUAGUGGCCGCGCGGUUCAACCGGCAUCCUUGGCUGUCCGCCAUGGAAUGCCUGGAUGAUCACGGAGGGAGAUUGGCGCCGCCAAUCGACGAUCUUGCCACGAUUAACUGCAGGAACUUCGCAAGGUUUCUUUGUAACGCUCGAGAACUGAAAAAGACGACAUCGAGUCUCGGCCUUGUAGGAAUACAACCUGACAGAACAGGACCGGAGUAAUUUUCCCAGUUGUCAACAAAGAGGCCAAAUGUUUUGCUUUUAAUGAACAACAGUGCUGUGUUGUGACAGCCAACACAGUUUGAGUUGAGAAAACCGCACGAGAAGGAGAACGAUACUAUGGCAGGAAUGCGGAAUUCUGCAAAGAAAAACACAAUAUCUACCUUUUUUCAUAGGAAAACAGGCAAUUUAGAAGCCAUACCGUGUCUUGGUAAAAUAGCCAGCCUGAGGAACAUUGUGGUUGUGGUAGUGGUCGCAAACAAGCAAAGAUGUCUUGUCAGUGGUCACUUAGAGGAGGAAUAUUGGAAUGGUUUAGAGUAAAUCAGCGACAAAUCACCUAAAUUCAGGUGCAUCCUUAAGUGUGGUUGUAGAAGUUACAAGUGAGGCAGAGGAGAAAGUAUUUCCUAGAGUUUUUGUAACUGACCAGAAUCCAGUUACCAUGACCAACUUUAUUUGGAACUUUCUCUAAUAGAAAAAAAGAUUCACUUUAGGUUGAUAAAACCAUAAAAAUAAUAUAUAUUCAUGCCUUUUGAAUGACAAAAAUGGACUUCAAAUUAAGUGAAAGUAGAUAAUUGGUUACCAUAGGCUUCGUACAAGUUACAAAUAAGUCAAGAAUUUGUUGCUUCACUGAACCUCAAACACAGAUGUCCAGAUAAGUAUUGAGUCAUGUUGCAUGGUCAUCCAAGUUUGAAUAAUAGACUCGAAUUUGCUUACCUUGGCGUGUAAUUAAUGAUUGGACAAUCCAGCUCACAAUGUGAUUGUAUGACAUCUUGUUCAUACAGCCAGCAUAUCUGGAGUUUCUGGACCUUUGUUGAAUUAAUUAAGUAUGGAGCAUGCAAAUACUAGUUUACAAAUUUGCAUGAAUGGUAACAUUGAGUUCCAUUGUUAUAUUACCUGCAGCAAUGAAAUGUACCCACAUUCACAUAGCACCAAUGGACCUAAAUCUAAAGUCAACUGUGAGUGAUGCCAGUAGACGGUAUCUAAAACUCAAUGAUAGCACAGCAACUAUUCAAUAGAGCAUGUAUGUUACGGCAAUCCAAAAGUUUACUUAAGAAUAUUAGAAAAGUCAACUGGUAACACUAUACAGUCAGUAUGUACCAUCUUUCUGGCUCGUUAAAAUUGGGAACUCUUGUUUCGAGGUUUUGAAAUUAAUCCAACUGCCAUAUGAAAUACUUAAUUCAACGUAUCCAAUUCAGUUCGGUUUCAUAUUGUUUGAUAUAAUAAAUGGACAGCUAACACUAUGGUGUGAUUUUAGCAGUGUAGAUUGAAGAUGCCAUUGUUAUUCUUGUUUUAAUAUUUUCCAUUUGUCGUAUGCUAUCUUCUAUCUCUAGCAUUUAAUCAGUCACACAGAAGUUUCUAUUGCCAGUGCCAUUCUAACCGUCGCAUUAAUAAAGCCUUCAAAAAAAAACCGUCGCAUUAAUAUACUAUUGAUAUUUUUGACUUUUUGUGUUCUACCUGUCUACUGAAGAUAUGGUAGUGUUCUUGAGCAUUAACGAGCGGAUCUGCAAUAUGUUUUUGCGGAUCUUAUUUGAGAAGGUGAACGCUACCAUUCCUAGGCUAUUGCUGGCUAUAUAUACGCAUCACACUAGUGUCCUCUCUGUCUCAACCCACCCAUAAUCUCUCUGUUGCUUCUUUACCAGUAGCGGUAUUUUCUUUCUUAACCUCCUCUUGCAUGUUUUGGAUAUCUUCUGUUACGUUUUUUGUGGUUAUCAUUACAAAUAUCAUGCAUAGCAUGGCAGUAUUUUACAUUAUUCGUUACUAAUAUCAUGCAGUAUCCUGAAUUUUUAAUACAUCUCUUUUUUCAUACCGCUUGUCUGACCAUGUAAUAUAUGAUGUUUCUUAUUUUGCAUUCUCGUGAUAAUGCAACUCAGAUGGUGAACUUCAUGGGCCUGAUUUGAAGCUGUUACUCUAUUGUUGUCCCAAGUAAGGACCCUUGAUGGGAUUUAUGGAUACUGAACAGUAGCUGCUCUGGCAUUUUGAACCAGGGAACACGGCAAAGGCAUCUGAGUGCUCUGCUCCUGCAAUACCAAACAUGUCUGUGGAGAAUAAUGGUUCGUCUGAGAUGGGCGCUGGUCAGCCAAUGGCUGUUGACCAGAAGCUGCUCCCACCUAUUACACCAGGUAGUGCACCAAGUUUUGUGAGGGAAAAGCAGUAUGAUGCUAUCAUUCGGCUGCGUGAACGUCGCCGUCGUGUCGAAGAAGCAAGGAAGAGAAGGGCACUCAAAGUUAAGAAGCACAUUCCAAGAUGUCCUAAAGGGCACUUUGUCAAGACCAAGGGCUACCAGAAAGGUACCAAUGGAGGCAUCAUGGUGCCAUUCCGCGCCACCCUAAGAGACUGUUGCCUGUCCUUCAUUGUAGCUAAUGGCUACAAGGAAGUGACCACUGUUGGCAAAGAGUUGCAAAGCAGCAUCCCUGCAAUAGGCUUCAAUUUGCCCUUCAAUGCAACCAAUGUAGGUGAUGCAAAUGGUGGUGAGGUCUCCUAUGACUGUGAGGCGCCAAGCAACACCCCAGGAAUGGGCCUUUGUCGGCCCUUCACCGAAACCAGUGAAUACCAUGAGAACAUCGCUGAGGCCACCUCUGGUAGCACAGUGCCAAUCAGCAACCCCUCAGGAGACUUCUAUUGGCCCGUUGUGGCGACCAACGAGGAGGAGGAAAAUGUUGGUGCCGCCGCCUACGACAGCAUCCUGAACCUGGAAUCGCCCGAUCCCACCACGCUCCUCAGGAUCAUGAUGGGGAACGGGUACAACACCGACCAAGUCUCGGAGCAGUUCCAGAAUGUGGUGCGCCUCCAGGCUCCCGAAUUCGCCACCCUCCUGACCGUCAUGAACAAUGCUGGCUAUGAUGAGGCCGCGAACGACGGCCACUAUGACGUGCACAAAGUAAUGACGAAGUUAGAAGGGUGGUAACCAGCGGCAGUAGGUCGCGCUUCAGCCUGCACUGCCAUCGUUUUGCAGCCUUAUGUGUAGGCUUGCCUAGUUCCCUGGUUGAUGUCUAUCUAUCUGUUUUCUUUUGCUUGUGUCCUGACUCCAGUUUCUCAGAUUGCCUGGUGUCAGCUCUGAAGGUUCCUGAACCUGUUUGGUUAAUAAGGCUAUGUACUGAGCCUAGCUCCAAGUUUGUGUUCUCUUGGGAGCUUGGAUUGGAGUGUCUUUUGCUUCUUAUGUGCAUUGUUACCUUGUUAUCUAGUUCCUUCUAGUUUAGUCAUCGUAGUAAAGGAAGUAUACCGUACUGGAGUAUGCUUAAACUGAACGGGUGUAUGGACGAGGUUUAUGCAUGGUAUAAAAUCUUGGAUAUUAUUAAUUUGUGGA